UUGCAACAUUAUCUAUUCUUGGUAGCCCUGCUACUAAUACAGAAUCCUGCAGUCACAACUUUGGCUACUUUGGCAACAUGACAUUCCAAGCAGUGCAAGGGAGACUCUUGAACAUAAUGACAGGCAUGAAGAUCCCUUGUGAUGGGUAUCUAAUGGGGUGGAUGUAUGAGCUGUAUGCUCAACAGGAUCCACCUUGGGUCUGUGUAUUCCGUUCGAUUACAGCGACCAACUUUGAAUUGGUACAUCGAACUCAGUUACCAACUCAAGAUUCAGGUGUUAAUUUGAAACGACUGGAAAUACCAUUCAAGGUAGCCAAGGAUGAUAUAGUUGGAUUGAUGUUUUCCUCUACAACCACUGAUGGUUCUAUACUACAACAUAUGGAAAACAACCCCACAAACAUCCCAACUGAAGACUUCUAUGAGACAUAUCUGGAAUGGGGAGCUCCUUACCAUCACAUAGAAAACACUGAAAUUGGAGACAAUUUUGAACUGAGUGCAGCCAAAUGGAUUGUCUACAAAAGGGUCUAUCAACUUCAGGCUGUUUU